AUGCGCGGCUCGAAGUACGACGCCCCCGUCGCGUCCCACUUCCUGAACUGUGUGCGCGCCCUGCCCGUGCAGCGGGGCACGGUGCUGGCGUGGUCUCACAGGAUCUUGCACUGGGGCUCCGCCUCGCCCGUGGAGGCGCCAGAGGCUAGGAAGACGCUCACCUUCGCGAUGGCGGCGCCGGCGUACGAGAAGCCGCUGAUCGAGCUGGGGGACGGGGAGCUGCCGCCCUUCGGCGCGCGGCUGGCGCUGGUGGCCUACACCCUCGUGUGCUACCACCACAGCGCCCCGGUGACGCCAGAGAUGCAGCGGGACCUGGUGGAGGUACUCCGGCGGCACUCGCACCACCUGACCCCGGCCGCGCUGCUCCAGGCCACCGGCGAGUCCUUCUUCAAGAGCCUUGCGGCCUUCUGCAGGUCGAGCGAGAGCCAGCAGGCUGCCAGGAUCGAGGAGCUCGGCGCACAGAUGCUGGGGCGCCUCGGCAUGAAGAGCGACUGGUGGGCCCUCGAGUGCUCGGGGCCGGCCCGCUGA